UAUUUUAAAAAACAAAUUACUCUUUUUUAUUAUUAUUAUUUGGGAAAAGUCCGUUUCCAAACAGGUUUGUAUUUGUUUCCAACAGAGACCGGCCAUAAACCGGCCAUUUACAAUAUGGCGGAGGUGCUGACGUAUCGUUCCCUAGACCAAUGAGGCCCCUGCUUUUGCUCUACGUCAGGUUUUCGUCUACGUUUGUGUGUUCUUUUAUUUUGAAAGCACCACACAAAACCGGAAACCAUGAGUUUUGCAGCUUUCCUUUUCUGUUCAGUCCCACCCGAAAUCAUCCGAACCUUAGCGACCGGGUUUCAGGUGGCAGUGCGGAAGGAAGUCUGCCUUUUCGCUGUGGGUUCAGACAUUAAACUGACUGAACGUGAAUUUUUUUUACUGCAGAAGCAGAAAAACGGGCAGUCGUUGCCUGCAGAAAAAGACGUUAACCGGUGAACUAAACCCUGGUCGGACCUGCGGGAUAUUCUACUUUCUCUAACAGCGUGGAGACAAGACUGUGGUUCAGUUUAUAUCUGAGGUUCCGAAGGCACCUUUGUGAACAGGCGCCAUGAGCCGGGAGCUGAACGUGCAGAUGGGCUCCCCGGUCCCCGGGCUCUCUGAGCCGCCGCCUCCUGACAACGGGGGCAUGGACUACAGGGACUGGGUGCGGCGCAGCUACCUGGAGCUGGUCAGCUCCAACCACCACUCAGUCCAGGCCCUGUCCUGGAGGAAGCUCUACCUGAGCCGGGCCAAGCUGAAGGCCAGCAGCCGCACCUCCGCCCUGCUCUCUGGCUUCGCAAUGGUGGCCAUGGUGGAGGUGGAGCUGGAUUCGAAGUACAGCUACCCUCGAGAGCUGCUCAUCUCCUUCGCCGUGUGCACCACGGUGCUGGUGGCCGUUCACCUCUUCGCCCUGCUCAUCAGCACCUGCAUCCUGCCCAACGUGGAGGCCGUCAGCAACAUCCACAACCUCAACUCGGUCAGCGAGUCACCGCACGAGCGCAUGCACCACUACAUCGAGCUGGCCUGGGGGUUCUCCACGGCGCUGGGCAUCCUGCUGUUCCUGGCCGAGGUCGUGCUCCUCUGCUGGAUCAAGUUCCUGCCCGUCGACCGUGGCUCCAAGGACGACGCCAAGGAAUGCCCCACCAGCCCCAGCCCCACCAGCUCCAGCGCUCCGGCGAGCGGCUGGCAGGCGGCGCUGGCCUCCACCAUCAUCAUGGUCCCGGUGGGAAUCAUCUUCCUCAUCUUCACCAUCCACUUCUAUCGCUCCCUGGUGGGCCACAAGACGGAGCGCCACCACCAGGAGAUCGAGGAACUGCACAAGAUCAAGGUGCAGCUGGACGGCCAGGAGAGAGGCCUGCAGACGGUGUGAUGACGGGACUCACAGCGGCGCCACAGACUCCGCCAUGUUGGAUAUUUAUAGAGCUGGGCCUCAGACUGCCAAGUUCUUCUAAAGGGGAACGAUUUGGGAAUCCUGGCCUGAUCUGCAGACCUGUUGAGGUCAAAACUAUAAAAAGUUUACAGACAACAAAAAGGGCUAUUGCUUACCAAAAUGCACUUUGCCUCUGAUUUACAAUGGUAGCUUCAUAUGGAAAUGAGCAACUUCCUGUUUUCAUCUCGUCUUAUCAGUGGAAUCUUUCAGGAUUUGACUUGCAGCUUCUGUUCGAACCAACCUAGUUUUCAUGCUCAGCCAAAGAGAGUUCUCAUUUAGUCAGGUGGGCUUUUAGUUGGAUUAACCAUAAUCUGUGAUGGAAAAAGUGAUGCCAAAGCUCCUCGCCUGCUUCCAUUCAGAAACAAUGUUACAUUUCCAUGGUGUCCAAAAUGACGGUGCCCUCUAGGGGACAUGGAGGAAUUAUUAUCUUUUGCGAUCUCUUCUAAUAAUAUCACAGCAUAAAUGGGCCAUUAUAGCUGGAAAAAAGGGAGUAAAUUUAUGCCAGAACACUUGUAUGAUGGCACUAACACGCCAUCAUACAAUAAUGUAUUUGCUAGUCGUUUCAUGCAGCAUCUUGAAUACUUAAAGCCUUUCUGCUACUACUAGUAAGACAUUUACUUGUAUGUUAAUAUCUCCUUUGAGAUCUCUGAAGUUUUUGAUAUAUUUUUUUCUUUAAGAUAGAAACACUUCAAACUUGUGUGCAAAAUGCCAGAAUAAAACAGGUCAGACAUGAAGUGUCAAUCUUUACUCUAAAGGAUAAACGCAACAGAAACUUUCAGUGAGAAAUAAAUAAAUAAAUCCAAAUUAUUUAGACUAUUUUGGAGUGGUUUAGACAAAAAAAACUAAAAAAUACAAUAAGCAUAGCCCAAAUUCCUUUUUCCUUCCACUUAAUUUUACUUCAACUUGUUUGCAUAAACCAGUCUUUGAACAGCCAUCUUCAUUUUCAGGAAUGUCUGAUGUGAUAUUUAAAAUUUUUAGAACGCAAAUUGUGGGUUUUUAUUGACUGUAAGUCAGAAUCAUCAAAGUUAGAGAAAUGAAUGCGGGUUGUGAAUAAUUUAGUUUCUUUUUUUUUUUUUUUCAUUCUCUGAAAAUGAAAUGUUUACUUCCUGUUCUCUCAUCAUCAGUUGAGUGUUUCUCUUUUGCAAGGUUCUGCAAGGUGGCUGAUUCAGACAGAUACGUCUAUAUAACUUUUAAAAAGAUGCAUUAACUUAUCCCACAGCUGACUGACUUCACUGUGCUUUUAUAGUUUCUGAAAGUUUCUUCUGUUGCCUGUUACAAAGGAAAGAAACCCGCCUGGAUGCUGUUUGAAAUGCUUCAGUAUCUGAACUUGUUCCUAUUGCCUUACAGAAAAACUGCCUUGAGUUUGCUGGAUGAACUGUUUAUAUUUUAUUUUAUUUUUUUAAGGAACAUGAACCAAAUUAUUGUCACAUUCCAAAAAAAAAAAAAACACGACAGACCAAAGUGCCGUUCAGUUCAUUUUUAUUUAAUUUUUUUUGUUGUCAGAAGAAAAAAAAAAAGUGCACUUUUUCUAUUUUUCUGUUCUGUAAAGUCAUAAGUAACUUGAUCCGUUUGUUUCAUGCCUGUGGACCCUGCUGGGUUCUGCAGAGGUCACGGGUCGGAACCUGGAAUGUACCGCUCAAUAAAACAAAGGUCAAUGUUU